CACAAGGAGGAGACUCUCCGGUCCGGGCUUACCUAUUUAAUGCCUCCCGGCCAUGGCGAUUCGUGCCUCCUCCUCCUUCGUCGUCGUCCUCCUCCUCGAAUUCUCUCCCCUCUUUAUCCGAAGCAAGUCCACCGCCUCCUCCCCCCGAAAGCACGAAGCCUCCAAUGAACUUCAGUGACCCACGUCGAUAAAAUCUACAAUUCGCAAUCGAGCGAUUCUCUGUCUUUUCCUCCCUUUUUGCAUGUGGGGGGGAGGUUCUCGAAAUCCGGCUUCGUACCCAGGUGCGAGUUUUCCUUGCGCUUGUGGCGCCGGUCGUCGUUGGAUCUUGCGAAGUCUUGCCUGGUGGAGUCAAGAAACACGCUUUUAGUCUGGGACAGUGGCCCGGAAUCUUCUUUGUAUCUGCUGUGUAUUCAUCGAAGUAAUUUAUGAUAUUUAAUAGGGAUUGCUUGCUUGGUGAAGUCCUAACAGGAUUGCUUGCUUGAAGAAAUCGUAACAGGAAUCGAGGAUAUUGUCUGCAUAGUAAGCCCCAGUUAUUUCGUGACGUUAGCUGCGGAGUGACCAAAUGAAUGUUGUGGGAAAAGUUGGUAGCCUCAUUUCACAAGGUGUAUAUUCUGUUGCCACCCCUUUCCAUCCUUUUGGCGGUGCUGUUGAUAUCAUUGUCGUUCAGCAGCAAGAUGGUAGUUUUAGAAGCACCCCUUGGUACGUUAGGUUUGGUAAAUUUCAGGGAGUCCUAAAAGGUGCUGAAAAGAUUGUUCGAAUAGGCGUUAAUGGCGUUGAAGCCAACUUUCAUAUGCUUCUUGAUAAUUCUGGUGAAGCUUAUUUUAUAAGGGAGGUUGAUUCAAGUAAAGAAAGCAGUAGCAAUGGGUUUGGGAAGGAAUCAGGUAACAUGGACAUUAAAUCGAGUUAUGACAGGAACAAGAAUGUGGUUGGAAUGUGCAGACUUGAGCACAGCGUCUCUGAUUCUAGCACUAUUCAGUUGCGAGAUGAAUUUGACUCCCCAGGACAACUUGAUCGGUCAGAAUCUGAUGGGGGGAAAUUUUAUGAUUUCCAAGAUUUCCAAGAUGAACAAUCUUCCCAGGAUGGUUCGGUCGACUUAUCAGAAUAUGGGCCUAACCCAAAUGGAAGUUUGGAUGGUGACAAUUUCGCAGAGUCUCAGAGUGUGAAUUCAGAAGUGGUUUUGAUCAGUGUGGAUGGUCAUGUAUUGAAGGCACCUCUCUUGGCAUCUGAACAGGAUACUGAUAAUGUUGAACUUGAUACGCCUCAGUUUCAUCUCGGUCCUGGUGAAGGCACAGAAUUUGUUGAAGGCACCGAGGAGUUUAGUUCACAUGAAAAUGCUUGGGCUUCUAACUACCUUGGGAAUAUGAACACAUCAGCUGUUGAAGUUGUCCGCGUUAUAAAUAAGACUGAUAGUGCUUCUGGCUGUGACCUUAAAGUUUAUGGUGGAGAAGGUGAACAUGCUUCUGAGGAUAAAGAGCACCAAAAUGCCAAAGAUCAUAAAGGAGACAGAAUGAAUCGGGAAGAUAUUUUUAAAAGCUGUUUAGAGCUACCAGAAUUGGCAAAUCAGAGUUUGGAGCCUGACAUUACUAGUUCCUCGGCAGAGGCAGAUAAUUUGCUAGAGGAAGUCUCUCAGGGUCUUCCGGCAGUUGCUGAAACAAAAGAUAACCAGAAUAUUGAGGCCCAAAACAAUGAUGACAUAUCCCCAUCUCCCUCUUUGGGUACUGGGGCUUCCACAGAGUUAAUAGUUGAUGUUGGACCGGUCAGCAAUGGGACAUCACACAAAGACAUCCACAUAUCUCCAUCUCCCUCUUUGGGUACUGGGGCAUCCACAGAGUUAAUAGUUGAUGUUGGACCAGUCAGCAAUGAGACAUCACACAAAGAUAGCACGGGUUCUGUCAGUCUGGCUGACAGUUCUCUCAGUCUUCAAGAAACUGAGGUUGAAAAAAUCACUACAUCAGUGGUAGUUGAAACUAUGGGAAGUAGUCCAGAGGGUCCUCAACUAGUAGAGGGUUGCAGUAAACUUGAGAUGGUGGAAUCUCCAGCAGAGGACUUGGGUGAAGGGUCAGAGAGUUCACCUGAUAGUAAAUUACACAACAAACUUGAGAUAUCACUCUGUCGAAAUGAACUCCAUGCUGGGAUGGGUUUGGAUGCAGCUGCUAAAGCAUUUGAUGCACACCGCAUAUGUGCGGAGGAAUUUCUGACUUCGAUGACAUCGAUUGUGAAGAAUGAAAAUCUGGUUGCAAGAUACAAAGACAGAUACCUGUCGUGGGAAAAAGCUGCUCCUAUUGUUCUAGGGGUAGCUACAUUUGGUCUGGACAUACCAGUGGAACUGAAUGACACAAUCCCUGUAGAACCAGAAGAGGCAGUGAAGCCUGUUGAUGAGGAUUCUGUACUUACUCCUACUUCCUCUGGACGUAGAUGGAGACUCUGGCCUAAUCCAUUCAGAAGAGUCAAGACAUUGCAGCAUGAAAGCAGUAAUUCCUCAAAUGAGGAAACUUUCCUCGACUCCGAAUCUGCUUCCCAAAAUGUUGCCACAGAAUCAACAUCUGUAGCAAAUCAGGAUGUCAAGUCUACCCUCAAGCAACUUAUAAGGACAAAUGUCCCGACUAGCGAACAGAUAGCAUCUCUGAAUCUAGAAGAAGGUCAAAAUAAGGUUACUUUUAGUUUCUCUACCAGAGUUCUUGGGAAUCAACAGGUUGAUGCUCAUAUCUACUUGUGGAAGUGGAAUGCAAAAAUUGUGAUCUCUGAUGUUGAUGGGACAAUUACCAAGUCUGAUGUUCUUGGUCAAUUCAUGCCUUUAGUUGGAAGAGAUUGGACACAAUCUGGAGUGGCCAGACUAUUCUCUGCAAUUAAGGAGAAUGGGUACCAACUACUCUUUUUGAGUGCCAGGGCAAUUGUUCAGGCUUAUCUAACCCGAAGUUUCCUGCUUAAUCUUAAACAGGAUGGAAAAGCUUUACCGAAUGGACCUGUUGUUAUAUCACCGGAUGGAUUAUUUCCAUCAUUAUAUCGAGAAGUUGUUAGAAGAGCGCCACAUGAAUUCAAGAUUGCAUGUUUGGAGGAUAUAAAAGCACUUUUCCCUUCUGAUUACAACCCAUUUUAUGCGGGUUUUGGGAACAGAGAUACUGAUGAAUUGAGUUACAGGAAGAUUGGGAUUCCAAAGGGGAAAAUUUUCAUCAUCAACCCCAAGGGUGAGGUGGCCAGUAGUCAUCGCAUUGAUGUCAAGUCAUACACAUCCUUACAUACCCUGGUCAAUGACAUGUUCCCCCCAACCUCAUUAGUCGAGCAGGAAGAUUAUAAUGCAUGGAACUUUUGGAGAGUCCCAUUACUGGACAUCGAAAGUUAGUUCGUAGCCUGUGUAUAUUUCACCAACUAGAGCACCGGCCAGAAGUCUCCUCUGAAGCCAUCCUACUCUAAUUAUUCUAAUUCUCCAGCAUCUCGCCUGGAUAAUGAGUCCUUUUUGGUGGGCAAAGAGCCCGCCAUUGUGUCGAGAAUGGCCACAAUGUCCCUUGUCACUGUAUUAGGUUACUCAAUUAUGCAGGGAAGCAUCUGGGUUACAAAUGCCGAUCCUAUUGAAACUGUGAAGUUGGCAGUUUUUCGUCAACCACAACUGUUGAUCCUAUUCAAAUUGUAUAGCAGGCUAGUUCAAAAAUACAUUGUCUAAGAGCGGAUUCAUGUUGUUGGCGCCUCAAGCUGUCAUGUCCGAUCAUGAAAAGUUGACUGUUCUUGGCAACACUUUGCUUCCUAAUGUUCCAGUGCAUCUGUUGAAGCGGGAAAUGUCCUCUAGAGCUCGAUAGUUUAUAUCUUUUUCUACAAAUAGGGUCGUCGUCACUUGGAAAAUUGUACUAUUGUUCCUGUUGAAGUCUCUACAAUCUUGCACUCAAGUCUAUAAAGUUCAAAGGUCCGUAUUUCCUACAUGAAGCAUUGCUUUAUCUA